GACGACUUGUACUGUUCCUUGUCAUGCGACGUCUUCUCGCCCCAUUUCUCAGGCGAGGCAUACCCACAAGGUCCUACUACAGAUCUCCAGCCUUGAUAAGAACCUACAGGACAAGACCAAACCACCCCAAACCCUUCAAUAGUCAAGCCGAAGACCUCUUCAAACUUGACAAGCGUCUCAAAAGAGUUGUCUAUAUAGCGGAACAGGAAACGGUGCGACAGGAACGGGUCAGGACUUGGGAUCGAAGACUUGCUGUGGUCCUUCUCAUAGGCACAUCUCUGGCAGUUCUAUCGUCUUGGGUAUCUCAAGAUCCUGGGUGGAAUGAGAAGGAGAGGAAGAAGGAGAGGAAGAAGGAGAGGAAGAGGGAGAGGAAGAAGGAGAGUAAUACUGGUACAUGUGACGUGAAGGGGGUUCAUGAUAAGAUCUUCCGAAAAGUGAAUGGCUAGCUGUCAUGACAUAGUAGUUCAACUGACAGAGCAAUGUGGAAAUGACUACGCCGGUAUCUGGAAGAACUCUCCGACAGUACGGUCCAUUGCCAGAUGGAUAGUAGAACUACACGAAUG